GGCUCAAAAAGCGCUCCGAAACACGUCGUGUGUUCCUCCGACCCACAGUUUUCAGCCGCAUUUCGCAUCUUCUUUGAGUUGCAAUGGGUUGCGGACAGAGCAAGGAAGGCGGUGCCCCAGCCACUCGUGAGUCCAAGGCAAAUGUGGAUGAGCAGACCUAUAUGUUCCUUUGCAAGGUCAAGCUCUUGAAGCGUUUGCCCAAGGAUGAGUUGCCAGCCCUGGCCAAGCAGGCCACUGAAGUGGAAUUCAAGCCAGGACAGUCGAUCAUCACACAGGGAGAAGAUGGCCACGACUUCUUCAUGAUCAAGAAGGGCACAGCUGAUGUGGAGAUCAACGGCAAGAAGGUGGCAUCUUUGAAAGCCGGUGACUACUUUGGUGAGAACGCUUUGUUGCGCAACGAGCCCCGCAACGCCACCAUCAAAGCCAAUUCCCAGGUCAUUACCUUGAAGAUCACGCGCCAGUCCUUCAUGAGCCUUGGUCUUCAGGACAAGUUGGAGUUCGCCAAGCGUGGCGCCGUGGGCGGAGGCGCUGCCGUGCAGGCUGAGGUCAAGCCACCCUGCGCAAAGUCUGAUGGCGACAUCGCGCUGAUCAAGAAGGCCUUGCAAUCCAACGCCAACUUGAACACCAUCGCCAAUUUGGACGAGGGCCGCAUGAAGGCCAUGUGCGACGUGAUGUGGAAAGAGGAGGUUCCGCAAGGCACUGCCUUGAUCAAGCAAAACGACCUCCAGGCGGACUAUUUCUAUGUGGUGCAGUCCGGCAGCUUCGCUGUGUCCAAGGCCGAGGACACCAAAGAGGGUCAAAGUGCCGAGGAUGCGGCGACCGCACAGCUGGGCACGGUGGAGGCGGGCGGCAGCUUUGGAGAAUUGGCCCUGCUGUACUUUGCCCCACGCGCAGCGACCAUCACUGCCACGGAGAAAUCCGUGGUUUUCGUGACUGCACGACAUCAGUUCAAGGAGAUCUUGCUGAAGGCCAACGAAGAAGAGACCAAGCAGAAUCUCAACUACGUCGGUCGCUGCGAAGUGUUCGAAGCAGCCCUCAAGGAUUCUGAGAAGAAGGAGCUCGCCAUGGCCAUGCUCGAGAUGACCUUCAGCAAGGAUGAGACCAUUUUCGAGCAGGGAGAAGUGGGCACACAGUUCUUCUUGCUCAUCGAGGGCUCGGUGAACGUGAUCAAGGAUGGCAAGGAAGUCGCCAGCUUGAAGGCCACGGCGGACAAAGCCCCCUACUUCGGAGAGAAGGCCUUGGAGAACAAGGAGCCUCGCGCCGCGACGGUGAAGGUGACCUCCAACACGGCCAGAACGCUCUUUGUGGAUCAAGAUACCUUCGAGGCGGUGCUGGGCUCCUUGACGGAGCUGGUGAAGCGCGGGAAGGAUGGCACCACGGUGGUGAGCAAGGUGCCGCGCAAGACGGCCGCCGACACGAAGCGCUUCGGCGUGAUCAAGUUCAAGGACCUCAAGAAGCUGGGCCUGUUGGGCUGCGGCGGCUUCGGGGCCGUAGAGCUGGUUGAAGAGACCAAGAACGGAAACAUGUACGCCUUGAAACAGCUCAGCAAGGGAUUCGUGAUGAAGAGUGGUAUGCAGCAGAGCGUCAUGAGCGAGAAGAACGUGCAGCUGAUGUGCGACUCGCCCUUUGUCGUGAAGCUCUACGAGACCUACAACAGCCCAGAGCACCUCUACUUGCUCUUGGAGUUGGCUUUGGGUGGCGAACUUUACGCCACGUACAACAAGCGCAACAUGUGGGGCAACGAGCCCUGCGCCAAGUUCUACGUCGCUGGCACCGUUUUCGCCUUCGAGCACUUGCAUUCCAAGAAGAUCGUCUUCCGUGAUCUCAAGCCAGAGAAUUUGCUGCUCACAGACCAGGGAAGGGUUAAGCUCACGGACAUGGGCUUGGCCAAGGUGAUCUUCGGGAAGACCUACACCACUUGCGGCACCCCCGACUACUUCGCCCCCGAGCUGAUUGCAUCCAAGGGCCACGGGUUUGCUGUGGACUGGUGGACCUUGGGCGUGCUGACCUUCGAGCUCAUGUCAGGACACCCUCCAUUCGAGUCUGCCACCCCCAUGCAGAUCUACGCCAAGGUGCAGAAGGGUAUCAACACAGUGACCUUCCCCAAGAAACUCAAGGGAGAUGUCGAGGUGAUGGUCAAAGGUUUGUGCCACGCAAAUCCAACCGAGCGCUUGCCAAUGAAGAAAGGAGGCAUUCAGAACGUAAAGAAUCAGAAGUGGUUCAGCGGCUUCAGCUGGUCCGACAUGGAAUCUCUGAGCAUGAAGGUCCCAUAUGCCCCCACAGUGAAGAGCAAGAAGGACAUGAAGAACUUCAGCGCCAACAAGGAGGAUAUGCCCCCACAGGUGCCCUACAAGGACCCCAAGACCGGCUGGGACAAGGACUUUGCCACCAGCGACUAAGGCGUCUUCGUGGCCGAAGGCGGUUGAAGAUGAGCACUACGGAAGAUCACGGAUCUGGAUGUGCGAUUCUGGGUCAGUUUGCUUUCCUUGAACGCAGCUAAGUCUAAAAUUGACUGAUACUGCCUGCAGCGCAGCGCAAUGGCGGAGAGGUUGGUCUUAG